AUGUUGAGCAUAACUCAAGCUCUUGUAGCUGUGGCUGUAUUUCUUCUAAUUACGCAGUUUUUAAAGUUGCAGCAAGUGCGGAGACGGUUUCCUCCUGGACCAGUCCCUCUCCCAGUCUUUGGGACACUGAUACAGCUGAAAUUUCAGUUUGAUCGUGAUCUUCUCAUGCAGCUGGCAAAAACUUAUGGCAACAUAUUCACCUUAUGGUUUGGAUGGGCCCCAGUGGUUAUAUUGAAUGGAUUUCAAGCAGUGAAGGAUGGUAUGACCACACACCCUGAAGAUGUUUCUGGCAGGCUGGUGUCACCUUUCUUCAGAGCAAUGGCCAAAGGAAAAGGAAUUAUGUUGGCGACUGGUCACACCUGGAAGCAGCAGAGAAGGUUUGCUCUGAGGACUUUACGCAACCUUGGUCUGGGGAAAAGAGGACUGGAGUACCGAGUGCAAGAAGAAGCCCACUACCUGGUAGACUUCUUUGCAAGUAUGAAAGGGAAACUUGUGAAUCCUUCUUUCCCUCUUGUCCUUUCUGUCUCAAAUGUAAUUUGUGCUGUCGUGUUUGGACAUCGUUUCUCCAGAGAAGAUGAGGCCUUUCAUGAACUGAUAAAAGCUACAGAACAUGUCUUCAAGUUUGGGGGCAGCUUUAUUCAUCAUCUCUAUGAAAUCUUCCCCUGGCUGAUGAGUCGUCUCCCAGGGCCUCACAAGAAGGCAUUGGCUUGUUAUGAUGUCCUGAGCAACUUUACACGGAGAGAGAUCCGAAUGCACACAGAGCGUGGGGCACCAGAGGAGCCGCAGGAUUUCAUUGACUUCUACCUGGAUCACAUUGAAAAAUCCAAAGAUGAACCCAGGUCAACAUACAAUGAAGACAACAUGGUUUAUUCUAUAAAUGACCUUUUCUUGGGUGGAUCAGAGACAUCAAGCACUACAUUGAACUGGGGCCUUCUCUAUAUGGUGGCAAACCCAGAAAUCCAAGAGAAAGUGCAGAAGGAGCUGGAUGCUGUUCUGGGUCCCUCCAAAUUAAUCUGCUACGAGGAUCGGAGGGAGCUGCCCUACACAAAUGCUGUGAUUCAUGAGAUCCAACGCUUCAGCAACAUUAUUUCAACUGGCAUGCCCAGGGUGUGUAUGAGGAACACAACCCUGCUUGGCUUUCCCCUCAAAAAGGGCACCAUAGUUCUUCCAAAUAUUGCUUCAUCUUUGUAUGACCCAGAGCGGUGGGAAACACCUCGACAGUUCAACCCUGGUCACUUCUUGGAUAAGGAUGGAAACUUUGUGGCCCAAGAAGCCUUCUUACCAUUCUCAAUAGGGCACCGGGUGUGUUUGGGGGAGCACUUAGCCAGGACCGAGCUCUUCAUUUUCUUUGCCAGCCUGCUGCGGGCGUUCACCUUCCGCCUCCCCGAGGGAGUGACCAGGAUCAGCACGGAGCCCAUUUUUGGGGGCACUCUGCAGCCCCACCCCUACAGGGUCUGUGCCAUCCCACGCUAGGCUGGACAUGUGCAGUGUGCACAGACCAUCUAUGAAACAUCUUUCUGAUUUUUCUGAACGUAUCUCUUGAGACCAUAUAAUAAUUUUUGUAUUGGAUUUGAAUUUCUAGUUCAAAAGCCACCUUUUGUCUGCAGUAGAUAAUUUUAUUUAGACCCUAUUACCUGCUCACAAACGUGAUCUUUUUUUGUGAUAAAAAUUAUUUUGAUUUGUAAGACCCCAUCAUUCUCAGCCAUAAAGGCAUCUUGCAGUUGCUCUCUGGCCUGGCAGGUAUAAAUAUGUGAGCAAAUGACAAAAUUGACUGCCAGACUUCAAAAAUUCAUUCAUUUUCUCUGAAAAUGAAUUAAUUCAUUAUCCUGUUUCCAAAAGCCAAUUGGAAAAACAUACCUGGAAAAUUCUGCCUCUUGAUGUCACUAUCAUCAAUAGCAACAUUUCAGUCAACUUUUUGUUGAUGGUCACUAAUAAAAGAUAUGAAGGAAAAA